AUUCAUUACAACGAGAUUGAAGUACAUCAGCUUAAAGAUGAGAACAGCCAGUGGAGGGGAGAAAAAAUAAAAUUAGAAGAAUCGUUGGUACAGGAGAAGGCAAAGCGAUUGCGAGUGGAUAAAAAGCCUGAGAAGCUCUCGAGAAAGCUGAGAAGAAAGGGGCCUUUACGAUAAAAAAAAUUUAUUCAGUUGGCCAAAAAAGUGAUUACAAAUGGAAAAAAAGGUAGAGGCCCAGCUAAGAAGAAGUUUAAUGACUAUUCUAAGCACCAUCAAAAGAGAAUUAAAACCAACUGAAGGAGGAGUGUCAAACUACACUCUCCUUUCUUGGGCUGUACAAUUUUGUUGCAGCCAAAAUUGAAGUCCUCAACACUGAGAGACUAAUCAAUCAAUGAAACUUUCAAUCUUGUUGAUGAGACGGGAGCCGCUGCUGGACCAUUUACAGAGUCUGUUAAACCCAAAGGCCCUAAAAAUAAUCACAAAAUGAUGACAUUGAUAACAUAAAUAUGUGGCUCUGCCUCGAAAAGAUAAAUUCAUAAUCCGUUCUGUUUUUCAAAUGAGGCCUUUUGGCAUGAUAAAAUUGCCAUUACAGAAGGCAUAAAAUGAUCUCCUCAAAAUAAAUAUAUUCCAUGAAAGAAGGCUAAUGAUCUCCUCAAUAUAAUUAAUGAGCUAAACAGUGAAUGGAACUUGAAACCAACACCAGGAGAUGCUGAAGGUGUUCAGUUAGAAUUUGCAGAAAGCUUGCAAGAGCACAUUGUUAGGCUUCAGAAGAAUGGAGAAAUCAAUGAUGGAGAAACUAUUAAGAAGCUUAGUGGUGAUGGUACAAAUAUUGGAAAGGGGCUGAGAAGAAGUGAUGCUAUUGAGAAAAAAAACCUCUGAUGGAUUCCCAAGAGAUAAAUAUAAACACAUAGCAUGUUAUGAAGAAUUUAUCAAAAGUAUGGGAAUCACUUUUAAUUUUAAAUCAACAAAGAGAGCAAAAAGCUGGAAUAUAGAGAUCUUACUGGACCAGAAUAAUUGAAACUCUUUCAGAAUAUAAACAUUCCGACCUAUGCUUGUCCCUCAUUGCAGUCAAAACUAAGACAUACAAGUGAUCUGGGCUAAAUUUAUGGACAUAAUUGGUGAUUUGAAGCUAGAUUUUACAUCUGAAGAGGGUAUUCUUGAAUUGCAAAGAAAUUUAAAAUCAUGGUUUGAGCACUUUCUCAAAGUUUACUAAGCAAAAGAUGUCACUCCCUACAUGCAUGCACUAUGUUAUCAUGUUCCUGAGUUCCUGUCACUUUAUCAGAAUAUAGCAUAUUACACACAGCAAGGCUAAUGGAAAAAUAAAAUAAAGCUUCUAAAGAUUUCUUCAGAUCCACAAAUCACAAAGGGGUUCACCCUCAAACAACUGUUUCUGAAGAAAAACAGGAUUCAGUUCCUAAAGGCAGGGGUUAUGAAAGGGUUAAGAACACCUACAAAUGCAAUA